AUGAGUCAAAAAUUAGAUUCUUUAGAUAUUUAAAUGCCUACAGAAAGAGUGUCUUAGUAAUCUACUUCAUAAAGUCAACCCUUGAAUGAAUAAAAUAAAAACCUAUUGUAUUCACACAUUUACAACAACCAAAAGUUCAAAUAAAAUAUACUCAUAUUCUUUAUAUUGGUGAUAGUUAUUAACUUUUUUUGUAAUUUGGCAUUGUUAGUUGCAAAUUGUCAUCCUUAAGAAGUAAUUGAGGAUAAUUAUUAUUUGCCAUUCCAUAUGUUGGAUUUUUAUGGAUCCUUCUUUUUUGCUUUAAGUGAAGGAUGUGUUUUAAUAUUGACAGGCAUUGUUACAAUUGAUUCUAUAAAGAUAUACUUAAUUAUAUUGAAUGUUGGGGGAACUUUAGUAGCGCUUAUUUUAUUUACUUUUGAUCCUGAGUUUUUUGAAGUUACAUCUCAUUGGAUCGAAUAUAGUGUACAGUUAUUAUUAACAUUAACUGAUUUCUUAUUUAUCUUUUAAUAGGAUAAACAAUCCUUGAUGUAUAAAUAUAGAUUUUAUGAAUCUUGUAUAAUCAUUUUGGCAUUCAUUAUGUCUUUUCUAAAAUUACUUAUUUAUGGUGGAGUUAUACCUACAAAUGACUAAAAUGAAAGAAUGGCACACUUUUUAGAAUAUAGUGGAGAAAUGAUAAAUGAUUGCUUUGCAAUAUUCUUCAUUAUUAUAUAAUUAAACAAAGAAACACAAGAUAUAAUGGAAACAAUGUAAACUUCUUUAGAGAGACUUUUAGAUAAGAAUGGAAUAGAAUUAGUUAGAAAAUGA